AUGAUUCCUCGCUACUCAAAUCCUCACUUCCUCAGUGCCUCUCUGGAAUCUACCUCACGUGCACAGCUUGUAGAUGAUGAGACUUCAGCCGAAGUGCGAGACGAUAGGGAGCGCACCACGAUGUUGGCUCAACUGGAGCAAAUGUUAAAGAGAUCAAUCGGCAAUCUUGAUCUGCAGCAAGAUACGAAUUCAGACGGGAAUGCGCAUAGAAAAAAGAGAAGACGAAAGGACGGUGCAGCCGAACCUGCCUCAGUCGAAGCAAUGCCUUUCCGUCUAGUCUCGCGAACCAUCGCCCCGAAGGCUAUCCAGCUGCGUGAAAAGACGCCUCCACCAAUAAAGGUUAAAGAACCGCCAUGCGAAGAUGACGCGAAUGAGGCCAAGAUUCGUCGGCAACAGGCACAAGCAGUCGCUGUUGACAUGGAUUGGCUGCUUAGCGAAUCUCGAAGACCACACCUCUCUCACAAGCCUGAUAACAACAUCGUCCACAUCGAUGCGGCCCUGCCAUUACCAGAAGCCGGUGUCAUGAUCGUCGAACGGCCGAAGCCUGCAAUUAAGCCGCUCAGAAGAGUCGCUCGUGCGCCUUCUGCGCAGGCUCGGCCGUCUCCGCAUGAGCUGAAGUACGAGACAAUACACUGCCCGAUAGUCAACUCAAAGCCCUCUGAGACCACAUCACGGAAAGUCAAGAAGCGACGAAAAGCGUCUCAUCCCACUCCUCCUCGACCGCCCGCCAUGUUCUGGCGUCCGCUGCGAGGAUGGGGCCCGAAGGUAAUGGGCUACGCCAUGGGAUAUGAAGGCAGCUGGGCUGUCUUUGAGGACGAUCCACAGCGGUACCACUACCAGCGAGACACAAUGCGCAAAGGUAUACUGUUGCAAUAA